AUGGCCGAUUAUCAAUUUACCGAUAAAGCUGCAAAGACACUUUCGGAUGCCUAUGGAUUAGCUCAAUCUUAUGGACACUCUCAACUGUCAACUGUUCAUCUCGCAGCCGUCUUACUCUCUGAGGCAGACACAAACGGAACAUCACUUUUACGGACCAUUGUCGAAAAAGCCGGUGGUGAUGGCCAAAAGUUUGAACGCAGUAUUACAAGCCGACUCGUCCGUCUGCCUGCGCAAGAUCCUCCACCGGAACAAAUUUCCUUUGCUCCGGAAACUGCGAAGCUAUUACGAAAUGCACAUGAACUUCAAAAAACCCAAAAGGAUUCUUACAUUGCUCAGGAUCACUUUAUCGCUGCUUUCAUUAAGGACGAUAUUGUCAAAUCUCUUUUGACUGACGUUGGUGUCACUCCCAAGUCCUUUGAAUUUGCUGUGAAUAAUCUUCGCGGAAACAAGAGAAUUGACUCGAAAAACGCUGAAGAAGGUUUUGAUGCCCUAAAUAAAUAUACUAUCGAUUUGACCGAACUCGCUCGUAACGGUCAGUUGGACCCUGUCAUCGGUCGUGAAGACGAAAUUCGCCGUGCCAUUCGUGUCCUUUCCCGCCGAACUAAAAACAACCCAGUCUUAAUUGGUGAACCAGGUGUUGGUAAGACCUCUAUUGCGGAAGGUCUUGCUAGUCGUAUCAUUGACUCUGAUGUUCCUGCCAACCUGGCUUCCUGCAAACUCCUUAGUCUUGAUGUUGGUAGCUUGGUUGCUGGUUCCAAGUUCCGUGGUGAAUUUGAGGAAAGAGUCAAGGCUGUUCUAAAGGAAAUCGAGGACAGCGAAACUCCCAUCAUUCUCUUCGUUGAUGAAAUGCAUCUCCUAAUGGGUGCUGGCAGCGGUGAAGGUAGUAUGGAUGCUGCUAACCUUCUGAAGCCCAUGCUUGCGCGUGGUAAAUUGCACUGCAUUGGUGCAACUACCUUGGGUGAAUAUAAGAAAUAUAUCGAAAAGGAUGCUGCCUUUGAACGAAGAUUUCAAAUCAUCCUGGUUAAGGAGCCUUCAAUUGAGGACACCAUCUCCAUUCUUCGUGGAUUAAAGGAGAAAUACGAGGUUCAUCAUGGUGUCACUAUUUCCGAUCGUGCCCUCGUUUCUUCGGCUCAUCUCGCUUCACGCUACCUGACAGCCCGUCGCCUUCCCGACUCUGCUAUUGAUCUUGUGGACGAAGCAGCGGCCGCUGUCCGUGUUACUCGUGAGUCUCAACCAGAGGUUCUUGACAACCUUGAGCGCAAGCUUCGUCAACUUCGAGUUGAAAUUCGUGCUUUGGAACGUGAAAAGGAUGAGGUUUCCCGUGAACGCCUUAAGGCCGCUCGGAAAGAAGCUGCUGAUGUAGAGGAAGAGACUCGCCCAAUUCGCGAAAAAUACGAACUUGAGAAGUCUCGUGGUAGCGAACUUCAAGAUGCUAAACGCCGUCUUGAUGAGCUCAAAGCCAAGGCUGCUGAUGCAGAACGCCGUAACGAUUUUACUCUAGCAGCUGACUUGAAAUAUUACGGUAUCCCUGAUCUCCAUAAGCGCAUCGAGUUUUUGGAACAACAAAAGAAGGCUGCUGAUGCGGAUGCUAUGGCCAAUGCUCAACCUGGUUCCGAACCUUUGUUAAUUGAUGUCGUUGGACCAGAUCAAAUUAACGAGAUUGUGGCCCGCUGGACUGGUAUUCCUGUCACCAGGCUUAAGACAACUGAAAAGGAGCGACUUUUGAGAAUGGAGCGCGUCUUGGGUAAACAAGUUAUUGGCCAGAAGGAGGCUGUUUCCGCCGUAGCCAAUGCUAUUCGCUUAUCGCGCGCUGGCUUGUCUGAUCCCAACCAACCUAUAGCUUCAUUUUUAUUUUGCGGCCCUUCAGGUACCGGUAAAACAUUGCUUACGAAAGCAUUGGCUGGAUUCUUGUUUGAUGAUGAAAGUGCAAUGAUUCGUAUUGAUAUGUCAGAAUAUAUGGAGAAGCAUUCGGUCUCCAGAUUGAUUGGUGCUCCACCUGGUUAUGUCGGUCACGAAGCCGGAGGUCAAUUGACUGAACAGCUUCGUCGUCGUCCUUACUCUGUCAUCUUGUUUGAUGAAGUAGAAAAGGCUGCUCCUGAUGUUCUAACUGUCCUUUUACAGGUUUUAGAUGAAGGUAGAAUUACUAGCGGCCAAGGACAAGUUGUGGAUGCUAGAAAUUCUGUCAUUAUCAUGACCUCUAAUUUGGGAGCCGAAUAUUUGACUACUGAUCAGGAAGACGAUACUGGGAAGGUUGAUGCCUCAACUCGUGAAAUGGUUUUGAAUACGAUUCGCGGAUUUUUCCGACCCGAAUUUUUGAACCGUAUUUCUUCAACUGUGAUAUUCAACCGUCUUCGUCGUGCCGAUAUUCGAAGUAUUGUCAACAACAGGGUGAUGGAAGUGCAAAAGAGGUUGCAAAGUAAUCAUCGCUCGAUUGAGAUUGAUGUCAGCGAAGAAGCCAAGGACUUAUUGGGUAGUGCUGGUUACUCUCCUGCAUACGGCGCUCGUCCAUUGAACCGUGUCAUUCAAAAUCAAGUCUUGAAUCCUAUGGCUGUUCUUAUUUUGAAUGGUCAACUACGCGACAAAGAAGUGGUACAUAUCACAGCUAAAAAUGGCAAAAUUGUUGUAUUGCCUAAUCACGAAUUGCCAAAUGAAACUUCAGCAGACGUUGACAUGGAUGAUAUGGAUGAAGUUGAUGAAGAAUUGGAGUAG